AUGCUGUGGGUCUUUCCCCCAGUCUUUCUCCUCCAUCUCACAAAAUUUCAGGAUACAUCGCAGAAGGUUGGCACCAUUUUCGACUACUGCAAGGGAAAGAUUCGAUGGGGCUAUGAAGUUGACGACACCUCGAAAUCGAUCAAAGGUGUCAAGCUCCUACUGGAUGAAAAGCAAACCUACAAUCAUGGCCCCUCGAAGAAAGCUGAGAGCGUUCUCCAGAACAAGAAAAAGUCUACAAUCAGUGCUUCUGGUAAGUAUGUGGGAAUGCUGGUAGCUCACGUGAAAAACAUCUUGAAACGACGAUUUGGGACUGCUCUGCAAACAAUGGACCUUCAGUUCGUCAUGACGGUCCCUGCCGUAUGGUCCGACAAGGCAAAGGAUGCCACCAUGCAGGCAGCAAUCCUGGCGGGCAUUCCCAGCGCGGCCUUGUUCCUAGUUUCUGAUCCCGAGGCAGCGGCGGUCUAUGCAAUCCAGACUAUUCAGCCGAAUACCAUGACUGAGGGCGAUUGCGUGAUAGUGUGUGACGCUGGGGGAGGCACUGUGGACUACAUCGAACCAAAUUAUCAAGGACCUAUGGACUGUGAGGAUUUCGGGGAUAUGGACUAUUGCAUUCCAAUUCCUGGGAUUGACGACAUUCCAACAAUCAACCUGAAGGGAGGAAUCCUCCAUAUGGAAAGCAAUGAUGUGGAGGCCAUAUUCCACCCUGUCAUGAAAAAGUUCGCAGACCCAAACACAGCACAAUUUGGCGUUUACUAUGGUCAGGCAAUUAUCCUUGUUGGAGGUCUUGGUGCAUCUGAGUAUCUUUGCAAAACAUUGCAGAAGGAGUCUCCGGGUGUCCAAGUUAUGCAGCCGAAGAACGCGCUGACAAGAGACACAUCUCUCGAACAGCUGGUCUGCAGUGGUGCGGUAGGUUUUCCCUGUCAUCCCGAGAAAAAGGCAAUGGCUAAGAAUAGCAGCGGGGCUGUAUGUCGAGGCCUGGAGGGUAAUCAGGUUGACAAUAGGAUGACCAGAUGCCAUUACGGUAUCAAAUGUACCGAAACCUACAGCCCGGAAGGUCAAAAGUCAGGCCGGAAGCCUUUGUGGUGUGAAUUGGAGCAGGUUUGGAAUUUCCAUGACGGAAUGAAUUGGUUUAUCAAUAAGACCAUUCAGACUCCAUUUCGUGAUACUGACAGCGGAUGUACCUCCUACCUAGCUGUGUCCAAAUUAUGUGUUCCAGAGACCGAUCUCAGCAAGAUAACAAAGGAACUAUUCCAGAGGUAUCAAAAUUCAAAGGGCGAGGAGUAUUACAAGGUCUCCUACCAACUGGUCUUGACUCCUGUCAGCGUCGUUGCUGUUUGA